CAUUGUUCCAUUCUCAUGCAGAAAACCCCUCGAACAGCAUGCCUCUUGCAGGGACCCCUGCCCCCAUCAAGAAGAGAAAGCCUACUAAACUCAUUUUAGAACUAACUCAAGAAGUCAUGCCACAAGAAGGGUCCAAGCUGAACCUGGGGAAGAAGAUCAGCAUCCCCAGGGAUGUGAUGCUAGAAGAACUCUCUCUGCUCACCAACAAGGGAUCCAAGAUGUUCAAACUUCGCCAGCUGAGGGUAGAGAAAUUCAUAUAUGAGAACAACCCAGAUAUUUUCACCGACAAUUCUGUGGAUCAUUUUCAAAGGUUCAUCCCAUCUGUUGGAGGACACUAUGGAGUUGAUUCUCACAGUUAUUCACAUAGUGCUGGGAGGAUGGUGAGUGGAGUCACUGUAGGUCGAUAUGGGUCAAGUAAACUCCAACAUCCCCCCAUGCCACCUCCAAAGCCUGGGAGCAAAGGUGGAAGUGGCGGAACUGGACAUACUGAGGGAUCUGCUGGUACAGGGGGAAGAGCGGAUGGUGGAGGCAGUGAGACCACUGAUGAAAAAGGUGAUAACAAAGGUGGGAGUGGGAAACACAUCUCCAUUUUUAAGACCUAUCUCUCUCCUUGGGAAAGAGCUCUGGGCCUUACUCCACAAGAGAAAAGUGAAUUCAGUGUUGAUAUCUUGUCUUAUGACAGCAAAGCCGACCUCUGUCAUUACAAAUCUUUUAACAGGACUGCAGUGCCUUAUGGGGGAUAUGAGAAGGCAGCCAAGCUGAUGACCUUUCAGAUGCCUGAAUUUGAUGCUGGCCCUUUGGUACCUGAACCUGUCAUUGUGUAUAAUCAAGAAGUCACCAACAGACCCUCGUUCAACAGGACCCCAGUACCCUGGCUGGGGUCAGGGGAACCUAACGAAUACACCAUUGAGGUGAACGUACCAGCGGCAGGGGAAACAGAAGAAUUAUAGAA